AUGGACGACCGAGCGGAGACGCAACGAAUCGAGGAGCGGUUCCCGCAGGGAACCGACGAGUGGCUCGCGAGACCUCGGCUGUCGACGACCUUCGCGAGGAACGAUCACGCCGGUGGCAAUACUGCAGCCGCUGUCCGCGCCGGUCGGCGACGUGGUGAUGUACACCGGGCCGUUGCAGCCGAUGGGAGUUCGGCCGGCAAAGGCGCGCUCACACAAGAUGAGCGCAGAGGCGACGUCGGGCCGACGCGAGCAAACAAGACGAGGCGGAUGGAUCGGCGCCUCACUCACUGGCAGUGCAUCUACUGCCGGCGCGAGACGCGGAACGAUGCACGGGCGACGAGGUGCUGGAACUGCGAUGGCGAGAAGGAGCAGCUGCGUGACGCGGACAGUGAGGGGCGCGAGGCGGCGCGCCGCGGGCAACGUGCGAAGGAGUACGCUGGCAGAUCGCUGAACGCGCUCGGCGCUGGCACGUCGCUGGUGCCGCGAGCCGCGCAGGGAGUGUUCGAGCGGGCGCGGUUGGAA